AUAAAACCUUCCACCAAGCCCCUUUUCCCCCAUUUAUUUUCUUCCACCAACGCCUUCUUCUCAUCUCCGAUAACCCCUUUCCGGCGUUGUCAAGGAUGAAGGAGUAUUGGUCCACUAUGGCCUCACUUCUCGGCCUUCUCGCCUUCUCUCAAUCUAUCUUCCAAGCAAUCUUCCCGCCGGAGCUCCGUUUCGCCGCCCUCAAACUCUUCACCCAAAUCUUCCGAUGCUUCUCCUCCUACGUUUACCUCGACAUCACCGAAAUCGACGGCGUCAACACCAACGAGCUCUACAACGCCGUCCAACUCUACUUGAGCUCAUCCGUCUCCAUCUCUGGCAAUCGAUUGAGCCUCACGCGCGCCGUCAAUUCCAGCGCCAUCACCUUCGGCCUCGCCAACAAUGACUGCAUCCGUGACUCCUUCAACGGCGUCACUGUCCAAUGGGAGCACAUCGUAUCCCAGAGGCAAGCGCAGGGCUACUUAUGGCGUCCCCUGCCAGAGGAGAAAAGGGGAUUCACUCUCCGGAUCAGAAAACAAGAUAAACCCCUCAUUUUAGAUUCGUAUCUCGAUUUUGUCAUGGACAGAGCCGAUGAAAUCCGCCGGAAAAAUCAAGAACGGCGUCUGUUCACGAAUUCACGCGGCGGGUCGUUGGAUUCGAGAGGCAAUCCAUGGGAAUCGGUGCCAUUUAAACACCCUAGCACAUUUGACACAUUGGCCAUGGACCCACUUAGGAAGCAACAAAUUAUGGAAGAUCUUCAAGAUUUCGCUAAAGGUCAAAGCUUUUACCAACAGACAGGCCGGGCCUGGAAAAGGGGUUAUCUCUUAUACGGCCCUCCUGGCACUGGCAAAUCCAGUAUGAUCGCUGCAAUGGCCAAUUUUCUCGGCUACGACAUUUACGAUCUCGAACUCACUGAGGUACACAACAAUUCUGAACUCCGUAAACUCCUAAUGAAAACCACUUCUAAGUCCAUUAUCGUCAUCGAGGACAUCGAUUGCUCCAUAAACCUCACCGAUCGGAAAAAGAAAAAUCCGAGUUCUGGGUCGAGAACCUACUUCGAUUUGCCGGAUAUCCGAUCCGGCGGCGGUGGUUACAGUUCAAUUUCCGGCGAAAAAAACGGUGCUGGUUCGAUUACUCUUUCUGGGUUGCUGAAUUUCACGGAUGGGUUGUGGUCUUGCUGUGGCAGUGAGCGGAUUUUCGUGUUCACAACGAACCACAUUGAGAAGCUUGACCCUGCAUUGCUUCGAAGUGGGAGAAUGGAUAUGCACAUUUUCAUGAGUUACUGUUCUUUCUCAGCAUUGAAGAUACUCCUGAAGAAUUACUUAAACUACAGCGAAGAUGAAUCCGAUUUCCCCGUGUUGGAUGAAAUCAAAGAGGUAAUCGAUAAGGCAAAGACGACGCCGGCGGAUGUGAGUGAGCUUCUGAUAAAGAACCGCCGCUGUAAAAACAGAGCAUUAACAGAGCUUUUAGAGACAUUGAAAUCAAGGGCAGAGAAAAAUGGCAGAGAAUUGAGCAAAAAGGAGAUGGGUUUAGAGGAAGAAGAAGAAGAAGAACAGGAGAAGAGAACUUUGGAUAGUCCAAAAGAAGCGUCUGAAUUUGAGGAGGAUCGCAGCAAAGAAACAGAGGAAGGUGAUGAAAAAGACGACGACAAUACAACUAGGGAGUAAUGAAAAUGGUAAAAAUUCAGUCUUUUUAACAUUAUUUAUCCUCAUUAUUGUUAAAAUAAUGAAAUCUAUAUUACGUCAUCAUUUUGGUAUGAGAAUAAUGCAAUUUUGACUAAUUUAAUGGAAGUUUGUGAUUUUAACA